ACGUCAUCUGUCUCAUACAUUUAGCUUUAGCCAAAAUUAGCUCAUGUUCAAACCAUAGAUAUCUGUUACUGAAACGAGUAUUUUACUUUCCAACCGGCAGCCCACAUAACCACCAUUCAUUUAGUGUUUCUUCGGUAACAGUGCCAAAUAUGUAUAUAAAAGCCUUAAUCCGAUGCAGAGACAUGCUGAAAGGAGAAUUGAUCGUGUGAAAUGUUGGCUAGCUGUACAUAUGCUAGCUAACGAGCAGGGGGUGAUAAACGAAAGUGGCUAACAUUAACUGCAGCUAAACCUAACAAAACAACCGUCGGCAGUUACUCGCACCUGCAACUGAAGGCACAAGGCGAAGGACUGAUAACGUUGCCGAUAUUUUCAUUCUGAUAACGUAGCAGUGGUGGUCUGUCAGUAACAGAGCCAUGGGGGCGUUCCUGGACAAGCCCAAGACAGAGAAGUACAACUCGCAUGGCGAGGGUAAUGGUCUGCGCUACGGUCUUAGCUCCAUGCAAGGCUGGAGGGUGGAGAUGGAGGAUGCUCACACAGCUGUGGUGGGGCUUCCUGCUCCUGGUCUGGCUGAGUGGUCCUUUUUCGCUGUCUACGAUGGUCAUGCUGGUUCUAGGGUUGCCAACUACUGCUCUAAACACCUUCUGGAGCACAUUAUCAGUGCUAGCUUAGGGUCUGCAGGGACACAAGGCUUACAGAGCUCCCAGGCUGGCUCAGACAGCUCCACCAGUGAGCCUCCAGCCCCUGUUCCACCUACAGUGGAGGCGGUGAAAACUGGGAUCCGGACGGGCUUCUUGAGGAUUGAUGAGCACAUGCGGAGCUUCUCAGACCUGCGGAACGGCAUGGACCGCAGCGGUUCAACAGCAGUGGGCAUCCUCCUGUCACCCGACCACCUCUUCUUCAUCAAUUGUGGUGACUCGCGAGCUGUUCUGUACCGCAACUCGCACGUCUGCUUCUCCACACUGGACCACAAGCCUUGUAACCCUCGGGAGAAAGAGCGUAUCCAGAACGCUGGUGGCUCAGUGAUGAUCCAGAGGGUGAAUGGGUCACUGGCUGUGUCGAGGGCCUUAGGGGACUACGACUACAAGUGUGUGGAUGGGAAGGGCCCCACAGAGCAGUUGGUCAGCCCUGAACCAGAGGUGUUUGAGAUGGUCCGGGCUCCCGAGCAGGACCAAUUUGUCGUCCUGGCAUGCGACGGAAUCUGGGAUGUCAUGUCCAAUGAGGAGCUGUGUGAGUUUAUCAAAUCCAGGCUGGAGGUGUCCGACGAUCUAGAGAGGGUUUGCAAUGAAGUGGUGGACACCUGCCUUCAUAAGGGGAGUCGGGAUAACAUGAGUGUUGUGUUAGUGUGUUUGCCCAGCGCUCCCAAAGUGUCAGAGGAAGCUGUGAGGAAAGACGCUGAGCUCAACAAAUACCUGGAGUCUCGAGUGGAAGAGAUGCUGUCUCGGUCAGGGGAGGAGGGCAUUCCAGACCUGGUGACUGUGAUGAGGAACCUGUCCACUGACAGCAUCCCCAAUCUGCCACCAGGGGGAGGCCUUGCCAGCAAACGCAGUGUUAUUGAAGCAGUAUACCAGCGCCUGAACCCCCACAGAGAAGAGGAUGGGCCCUCCUGUUUCAUUUGAAUGGAGCCGAGUUGGAGGACCCCUGGUAGCUGUCCAACACAACUGCCUGAUCCAAAAAAAAAAACAAACCAACAAGAAAACAAAAAAAUACAAAAAACAAAAAACAGGACCACUUUUCCACACAAGAUCACGUCCGUAUUCACCUUUUGAUUUCUUCUGGGUUAUUUUUUUGUUUCCCACUCUAAGAGAUCAACUUCAUAAAACACACCCAGUCCAACGGAUUGCAAAACAGAUUUUGUUGGUUCUUUUAUAAAAAAAAAAAAUGGGAGAAAUACAAAUGACUGCAAUGAAUGGUAUGAAAACAGAAUUUUUGCAUAUGUAUAUAUAUAUAUAUAUAUAUAUGUAUAUAUAUAUAUAUAUAUAUAUAUAUGUACACACACACAUACAUACAGACACAUGUAUAAGAAGAGGAGCACAGGUUUUUUUCUCCGCACCUCGUUUUCUUGCUUUCUUUGUGGUGGUUGGUUUUGUUGUGGACUGACGGAGACACAGGAGCAGCCCUGGUUUGGACGCUGUGGGGCACAGUGACUCUGUGACACUCUAUGGUGCCUUGCUCAGAAUUGAGAGAGAGAAGGGAGGACCUCGCAGGUCGACAGCCAGCCAGGCAGCCACUAACUGAACCGGCCAGCCACGGACAUUUUGGAAGAAACUGAACAGACUGAAGUGGUUUGCUGGCUGCACAUCCGGCAUUAUUUGUUUGAAGUGUGACGACUUUACUUGCACCUGACUGGCAGCCAGUUGGCCACAAAAGCGUGUGACCCCCACCCCACCCCCCUUUCUCCUGUCCCCCUAAGCUAUCCUUCCAGUCCUGUCCAGCCCAUUCAAGCCAAGGGUUUUGGGCAUUACCAGGUAUCGGCACUGCAGGCCUCAAACGGGGCCCAACACUUAUAUCUGGCUCACUAGACAAUGCCUCACUGAACUCUUGUAGCCCCUGGUUGUAAAGCUCAUGAGUUCCUCCAAAUCCAAAGACCCCCAACUUGAAAUCUCAACUUCUGGGCUCAGAAAUGAACACAGAGCCCAGCACAGCACCCAAGGCGCCCCGCAUGAAACACUGGGGUCUAAUAGGGGAACCUUGGUUUUCAGGUGAGAGGACUGAGUGCGGCUGGCAGCAACUCCCAGUAUGGCUCUUCCACGCUGGGUCAGAACUACUUCCAUGCAUACAGGCAUUAACUUGGAAAAGCAUUUAACCUGAAGUGUGAAUGGCUUUUCUUGCACUUUUUUUCCUCAGCUAGGCGAAGGAAUUGUUAAGUCGCCAUUUUGGGCUUACUGGUUAAGGUUAGGGUUAGGCAAAGGUUGGUUAUGGCUACAAUCAUAAGGCUUGAGAGAAUGAAUUUACGUCAGUUAAAUCUUACGGUGCCAUGCUGGGAAAAAAAGGAUGCCCUCCCCCGCCCCACCCUGCUCACCUUCUCUUCUUCCUUCUGUCUCUCGAAAGAUCUUAACGAAACAGUUAAUUUUCUCGCUCUUCCUCUCUUUCUCUCUUGCUUUCUGUCUCUUCCCGCAACAGAAGAGAUGCAGCUGUCAUUUUUGCAUUGGCAAAACAUUGCCAGAAUCAUAAGCUUUUCAGCCUACUGUUAAAGAAAUAGAAAAAUAGAAAUUAUAUAUAAAAUCCAUAUAUAGAUAUAUAUUUUGAUUUAUUUUUGUUUCAUAUUAAUUCCCAGCCAUGGUAUUUGUUGUGGCCUAAUGUGCAUGUGUAUGUGUGUGCGUAUGUGUGUGUGUGUGUGUGUGCGCGUAUGUGUGUGUGUGUAUGUGUGUGUGUGUGUGUGUGUGUGAGUGAGACUUAAGCAUGUCACACACAUACUGUUCCCACACAGCAGUGGUCCAAAGACACAGAGUUUGGGGUAAAGGGAUUCCAGCCUCACCUCUUCUUCCCCCUUCUCCUUAACACAUGCUCACACACAAUCCUGCUCUCGCUACCACUUGCCUUUUCUAUUUCUCAAAUAUCCUGUGUAAAAAAAAAAAAAAAAAAAAAAAUGCUUUUUUGUUUGUUUUUCAGUAAAAUGAUUUCUAGGAAAAAUUAUCACAUUUACCUUCUUUUUUAAAAGUGUUUUUUGGUAUAUACUGCAUUCUGAAGUACUGUGGCCAUGGUCCUAUUUCAGAUUGAUAAGAAAGAAAACGUGAAGGAUGCAGUAUCACAACAACAGAGUGGGAGAGAAAAUGGAAGGAAGUUUUUUUUUUUUUUUUAAUGUGUCGCUGUAUGAAGGUAAAGGGGCAGUGUAGGAUGGAGGAGAAUAGGUAUUAUGCCUACGGCUGUGUUCAUACUGUCAAAGAAAUAGCAACUUAGUCUCAACUUCUCAACAACGUCAUAAACUUUGCAAGUAAAAGCUUGAGGGGAAACAUGAUUUGUAGCCAGUUUGAACACAGUCCAACUCUUCGAACAGGAGUCCAUUUCAUUUCUGUCAACCCGGAAGUAAAUUUUAAUUUAAACUUAAGAAACAAAAAAAAAGCUACUUGUCAGACAAAGCCUUUCUUACUCAAUCUUUUUGAAACAUAAACAUACGUGUAUAGACAAAAUACAUACACGUGUAUUACAUGUGUAUUAUGUUCAGUAGACACAUUUACAAUAGAUUAUAUAGGUAUAUAUAAAUAUGUAAUUACACCUUUUUUGUUUGUUUUCUCAGUCAUUCAAUGGCAGAUUCAUUGUGCUUUCUAAGGUGGCAGUAUUGAAAGAGAAUAGGCCUAACAGAGCUUGCUGGCUGGUUAAUGUUCUUGUGGUACACUUGCCCUCGGUGCCAUAUGACAAAUAGGUACUUGAAUGUGUAGUUUUGUUUUUGUUUUUGUUUUUGCAGUUGCAUUGUUUUAUUGGGAUGAUUGAUUUUCUUUUUUGUGGUGGUGGGAAACUGGGGGUGGGGGGUUGGGCGGGUUCUUUAUUGUUGUGCAUGUUUUAUGAUUGAGGGAGGAGUGUGUUUGUGUGCAAGUGAGAGACAUACUGGGUGGGUGGGGUUAAUGUUCUGUGGGCGUGUUCAGUGUGGUGAAACACAAUGUUGGGAAGUGGAAAUGUAUGAAAGAUAAUGGAACUAACAAGAAAAAGGUGGAAUACAUGCAAGGAUUGGUAUUAUGUGUCCAUUAAUGUAGUUUUUUUUUUUUUUUUUUUUUUUUUUUUUUUUUAUUUAUCAAGGAUGAAUUUGCAUCCCAAUCAAGCAAUGGUUGAUAUUUUACCCAGCACCUGAUGUAAUUUUCCACUGAAAUGCAAUUAACCAGAACUUGGGCCACUACGUUAUGUGUAAUGUUCCCCAUACUUUCCUGUCUUGAACAUUGUGUGAGGUUCUACCAUGCUGAACACAGCCUGAUGUUUAGGACUAUGUUUAAGCUAUAGCAGACACUGGGCUAGGAGAGGAAUUGAGGGAGGGAAGGAGGGAGAAAAGUUUAUUUUUCUGAAUGUAAUUCACAGUUAUCCACACUAUGACUCCACUGCAUGGACUGAAUACAAGCAGCACUGCAGCACCACUCCCUCUCAUUGGUCAUUGAAUGACAAAAAAGCUCUCUUGGCUCCCUUUUUUUUUUUUUUUUUUUUUUUUCGGAAUAGACUGUACUUGAGCAUUGUUCUGUUUGUGGAAUAUAAUAUCAAGAGUCAGAGGGGAAGUCUUUUCACUUUUUCUAAGGAGAUUUUGGGGGUUUUGGUGAUGCCUGAAUGAUUAGACCUUGUCCUCGCUUUGAUUUCAGGAUACACAACGUAAAAGGUAAUUUUGUAAAGCAGCUUGUCUCCUGAACAUUUCACUUGUUCAGGCCAGCCAGCUCAAUAUUGGCGUGAAGACACCAGAAGGGAGGUAACUUGAAUUUGGAACAAAGUUCCUUGUUCUGUUCUAAACAGUUGUGAAAUGGCCACAAAUUGGCAGAGCAGCUAAGAAACACAACUGAAAUUCCUAAUGUUUUCACAGAGAUUUGCAGGUUGGAAAUGACCCCUAGCACUCAAAGCCACAACCCCUCUGACUUCUCCGGUCACUCUUCAUAUAUCCACUAGUAUUGAUUUGACUGAUACAUGUAGUAUGGCGACAAUGAUAAAUUUCACAUUUAUUGUUUUAUUUAUUCCAAUGCUUUUAGCCGUUUAAAAAAAAUGAGAAGUGCUGUAUUUUGAGGACUGAAUGAGAUUAUGAUAAGCUUGUGUGUGUUUGAGAGUGAUGCGUGGGCUUCAGCCCCCCUCACCUUCAAGUUUGACCUUUUGAGAGACCUGAAGGUUGAGGGAGUCACAGGAAGGUUGAGGAGACACCCAGGGUUUUCACCAUCCCUCUCCCUUCUUCCUGUACUGCCAUUUUCCCAGUAUGAUAUUGUGAUGUUUCAGACCAUACAGUGAACAUAAUCUUCAAUAAAAGAUGGAUUUAAGUUUAAA